UAUUUCUCUUUUAAGGAAAAGCAAAAGAAAAGGCAUCACGAGGACGUAAUAAUAAUAAAGCUAGCCUUCAAAGAGCGCUGUGAAGUCAAGGCUUCACCACUACCAGGUUUCGUUGUGAUGAGUGUGACAGCACACAUGCAUUAGCCAUUAGGGUGACGGAUAUAAGCCUAGUGUUGUCUUUAAUCUUCGUUUCUUGAAUAAUCUGUUGAGUUAUUCACGUCCACUGUUGACAUUUUCCUAUAGAACAUGUGUGAAUAGUUUGAUCCUUUACCUCGUGUCCCCUCAUUUACUGACCACUCACGUGCACACCGCUCUACACUGUUCAUCUCAUGCAGUGGCGUAAAUCUUAUUUGUAUAAAAUUUUUCUUACGUUUACUGUUUGUAUUACCUUACUAAAUAUAUGUAAACAUACAGUUAUAUACUGAAAAAAAUAAACAAUUACAAUUAAUUAAUUACAAUGCGCCUGGAAAGGUCGUCUGCCCCGGGGGCCUUGCUGGCCUUCGACGGACCUGGUUGUUGUUCACUAUCUUUUCACACACCCUCAUCAGACAUUAUUUUUUCAGAUACCCGUCAUGAAAUUGCCGAUAGAUGUUGCAGCAGCAGUAAAUAGUAACUGUUCAGUAGAAAACUAGUUAAGAAAAACAAGUCGGUCACUUAGAAACAAAGCACAAAGAAGAGAGAGAAGUCAUGCACACGGCACUAAGUUGGAAAGAGGCGUGAUCAUUUGUGGUGGCCACCCGACAGACGACUUCGAGCCACUGAUCAGAUCAGUGCUUCAAACCGACGUGGCCAUGCGCGUGCCGUCGGCACAGUCCGUGGCUCAGAUCUCCAGCAGUUACUGUGAGACAACCAUGACAGCCUAGGUAUCACCAGCGGCAUGGAGCGACAUAAGAAAUGUCUUUGCCUUUUGGUCCAGUGGGUGAGCAUAACCUUUGAUUCGUUAGGAAUUCUGUCGAGCUUGUAUUAUUAUUUUUUCCUUAUAUUGUCUCAUAUGUUUCAGAUGACAAGUUUCUUCGUUUUGUGUGAUGCUUAUCUUACAAUGGACAACAGAGGAAAAAGUUUUCUUUUGCCAUUCAUUGAAAAUUACGGCGAGAACACGACAUUGACAGUCGUGGUGACCUCAGAAUACGACGCGACCAUGUACGUGAAUGACCCCACGAAGCCAGGAGGUCCGCAAGAGUUUGAGCUGUUAGCAGGCACGUCACAGCACCUGCAGCUGGGGAACGUAACGACCACUGCUAACGGACCGGCUCAGAAGAAAGCUGUCUUCAUCAUUGCGUCACAUCCGAUUUCAGUGAAUGCUUAUAGUCUUGAAGCAGGAACAUCUGAGGGCUACUUGGCAUUGCCUGUAGAGACUCUGGGAAUUCACUACAUUGUUGUCACUUACAGCAACGUGUCCCCUUACUAUUCUGGGCGUGUGGCUGUUGCGGCGGUCGAGAACAACACGGACAUCACAGUGACACUGCGACUAGGGGUGGCCCAAGCCACGUGUGGCGACCGCUUAGUGAAGGAAGGAACACAACUGACCUUCAAGCUGCAGGCGCAGGAAGUGAUCAGCAUAUCAUGCGAUGGUUCCGAUUUUACAGGCACUGUCAUCACCAGCAGCAAGCCGGUAGCAGUUGUGUCUGGCAACACUUGUGUGCAGGUUAUACGGUUGUCUUGUGACCACUUGGUUGAGAUGAUGGUACCCACCAGUGCCUUGGGCACACAGUAUCUGCUCCACACAUUCUCUGGGCGAGACAACGGUGCCAUUUACCGAAUCGUAUUUCGAGACAAUGAUACCAAAAUCUCAUACAGCUCUGGAAUUACACCCAACAAAAGCAGCCCCCACUUUCAAGAGGUCAUGCUAGCCCAGAAUCAGGUCGCGUUUGUGAGCGCGGACAAGCCUAUACUAGUUGCAGGUUUUGCGUUAAGUGAGGGAAGCGACUUUUACACUUUUCCCGGCGACCCCUUCAUGGCUGUGAUGCCUGCUCUCGAUCGUGCCCCUAAGUACUACCUGCUAGACCUGGGCGUCACUUCAAAGGGAGGGGGAUUUUCCUGCUACGUGACUGUUGUCGUCCGAAGUGAAUUUGCCGAGGGAGUCAUGAUUGGAAGAGAUACACUUCCAACUGCGAGCGCAACUGGAGAUUAUUUCAUAGCGGCUGCCACACGGAAUACGUGGCCUGUGAAAAUCUGGCACACGAACGUCUCUGCAGACUUCACUGUCCUCAGCUACGGGUUUAGAAACAGGGAAGGGUUCGGAUUUCCCGCAGGUCUUCGUGUUCCAAACUUUUCGGGUGUGGACGAGUGCUCAUCCUCUCCAUGCCAGAACGGUGGCAUCUGCUACGAAGUGGGGAUGAGCUAUCGAUGUAUGUGCGUGGACAUCUUCGGAGGUGCCAACUGCGAAACGGACCUUGUGAACGAUUGUUUGCUGACUUCCUGUGCUGAGGGCGCCACCUGUGUGGAUGCUGUACGCUCUUUCUUCUGCUUGUGCCCACAGGAUCGAACCGGGACCAGUUGUGAAAAGAAUCUUACGAUGCCCUCUACGGUCACAUCUACGUAUUCACCAACUACCACAGCCAUAGCUACAACCACCACUGCAAUAACUGCAACAACGACGUCUGUAACAACCACCAAGCCAAUCACUUUCGUCUACAACCACCAUUACUCCGUCAAACUCGAUAACAAGCCCAACUACCAGCACCCCAGCCACCACCAGCCCGGCCACAAAAUGGAGAUCAGUGGCUGCGGUCACUCCUCGACAGCCACGACGACCGCGGUGAAGGAGGCUGGCCACGAAGCGAUGUACCUGUGCCCGUGCGCCUGCGAGCACCUAGAGAAACAUCCGCAUGAACACGACACAGACAGACUGGAGAUUAGACAGCACCACGUCUUACAAGAAAUCAAGGAAGAGCUAAGCAUGGACGUGAAAGGGACAUCAAAGGCGCAAGAAGUCGUCACGUGACUGCCAGCGACGAGCGCCUGUCUGCCACCAGCGUGGGACUGGCUGGAAUGUCCGUGCUCGUUUUGUUUACAGGAUUUAUUGUUGGCAUGGACGCAGUCACCUUCCUUUCGUACGUCGUCAGUCGAAUCCGCAGAAGAUGGCGACGUAGAAAAAGGAAGCAGCUGGACGAUUACGGCGCAGACAAGUCCGUGACCAAGAAGCGCGAGGACAUGGCAGCGGUCCCCACUGACAACGACGUGCAAAUUAGCACUCACGCCAAAGCAAAACCAAAAAAGGCUAUAAUCAUCACCAGCGUAUAGUGGCCUAGAACAGAACUUUAAUAUCCUUUUUCAGGAGCAUCCACAACUUCACAAUAAACACCCAGGAAAGCGACAAGCGGAGAAAUGCUUGAUGCCUCUGUCUCAAAACAUAAAAAUAUAAAAGGUAUAAAUAAAUUACCUACAAUAUAA